AUGCCCACACAACCGAUAGGUGGGAGAUUAAUCAAUAAUCCCAAAAUACGACGCUGGUUAUACAGAUCCUCAUUAAUAUUCUUUAUUGCAUUCUUUGCCGGAUUUUGUGCAGUUGUUCCUAUUGAUUCCAUUGUUCAAGCUUCACAAUCAUCCAACUAUGCACUAAACACUUUCGUUGUUGUUGGUGCUUUAGUGUUAUUUGGUGUUACGGGCAUAGUACUUACCACAACAAGGAUUUAUAUGCAAAGGUCAGCAUUACAAGAUAUACCCAAGAGAUAUGUUCCAUUAGAUGAUGGUGACUUGCCUAAAGAAUGCGAUGUUAUGAUAAAGGAGAAUUUCGCAAAUUGUGAAAAAAUAAGAUCAAAAGCUUUGAAUACAGAUGAUGAUGACGAAGAAGUUGUUAAACAUCCAGGGUUAUCAGGACCUAAAUCAGAAUUAUUACCACCUUCAUUAGCAUUUGAUGAAGUUGUCAGAGCUGUUGGUGAUAAAUUGAAAUGGGGUGGUGCCCUUAUGGGGUCAGAUACAAGAGUUCCACCAAAUUCAAGUUUUAGAGAAAUUGUUGCAUAUUUAGAAGAACAUUUGAUUGCAACAGAUUACAAAUUAAAUAAAGAGUAUGUGGAACUGUAUGAAGUGUUGAGAUUCUCAGGAGAUUUGAUUUCUGAGGAAAAUUUCAUAAAGUUCAUGACAUUGUCUAUUGAAUUUGUCAAAAUCACAAGACUUAAUAUGGCUGAUGAAUCACAAUUAGAAAGGAUAAGGAGACAGUAUAGUGAAUCUGAAGCUUCACUAAAUGCUCCUGGGUUGAAUGGAUCUGAGUUUUACUCCAAAUUAUCAUUACCAGGAGCAUUAUUGAGUAGGAGUGCUAACCAUACUAAUAAUGGAUCCACUACAGCUUCAAUAAGUCAAGUUGACACAAAUUGGUUAACGAAUUCAAGACCAACAUUGCAGCUCAAUGAGUUUCAAGAACCUGCACAAAGUGAACAAGAGUAUCAACGUUAUCAUGAUAUGUUGAGAAGAGUUGGAACUGGGCAAACAGUUUUAUCAUUUAGGUCUGGAAAAGGACCGGAAGAAGAAUAA